UUCAUAUUUCCUUUUCCUUCCUUUUUCUUAUAAACCCUAUUUUGUGUGUGUGUUUUGAAUUCAUUCAAUUCAACAAAUUAUAACAAUAUAUAAUAUUUGUAAUAAAUAGUAGUAAAAGUUGGUGGCGAUGAAUGCACCGGCGGCGGCGGCGGCAUCGAUUGUGGCCGGUAACCCGACCCAAAUUCAACCUAAAAUGAAUUCGAUUAGCAGCAGCUACUACUCAUCUACUUAUUCUCUUUUCUUAUUGGAGAGAAAUAAACGCAUAACUCCCUCACGUCUCUUUUCAUCCUCCCCUUCCCUUAUCAGAGCUGUUUCUACUCCAGUGAAGCCGGAAACUUCUGUGGAGACAAAACGGAGUAAGGUUGAGAUAUUUAAAGAACAAAGUAACUACAUACGAUACCCUCUUAACGAGGAGUUAUUAACCGAUGCACCGAAUAUAAACGAGGCGGCUACCCAACUCAUAAAGUUCCAUGGAAGCUAUCAACAAUAUGAUAGAGACGAGAGAGGUGGAAGGUCGUAUUCGUUUAUGCUUCGUACUAAGAACCCGUGUGGGAAAGUCUCCAAUCAACUUUACCUUGCAAUGGAUGAUCUUGCUGAUCAGUUUGGGAUAGGGACACUUCGGCUGACAACCCGACAGACUUUUCAGCUCCAUGGGGUCAUUAAGAAGGAUCUUAAGACUGUGAUGAGCACAAUUAUUAGAAAUAUGGGAUCAACGCUCGGUGCGUGUGGUGAUCUUAAUAGAAAUGUUCUUGCUCCUGCUGCUCCUUUUGUUAGGAAAGAUUACCUUUUUGCGCAGCAAACUGCAGAUAAUAUUGCUGCCCUCUUGACCCCACAGUCGGGAUUUUAUUAUGAUAUGUGGGUGGAUGGAGAACAGUUUAUGACUGCAGAACCUCCGGAAGUUGUGAAAGCUCGCAAUGAUAAUUCUCAUGGGACUAAUUUCCCUGAUUCGGCUGAACCCAUAUAUGGAACUCAGUUCUUACCAAGGAAAUUCAAAGUUGCAGUUACUGUCCCUACGGAUAACUCUGUUGAUCUUUUCACAAAUGAUAUUGGUGUUGUUGUUGUUUCUGACGAUAACGGGGAACCUCAGGGUUUCAACAUAUACGUUGGUGGUGGCAUGGGAAGAACACAUAGGAUGGAAACCACUUUUCCUCGCCUAGCAGAUCCUAUAGGUUAUGUCCCUAAAGAGGAUAUCUUGUAUGCAGUGAAGGCUAUUGUUGUUACACAACGUGAAAAUGGCAGGAGAGAUGACCGCAGGUAUAGCAGAAUGAAGUACUUGAUAGAUUCAUGGGGGAUUGAAAAGUUUAGAUCUGUUGUUGAAGGGUACUAUGGAAGGAAAUUUGAACCAACCCGGGAGUUACCUGAGUGGGAAUUUAAAAGCCAUCUCGGAUGGCAUGAGCAGGGUGAUGGGCGUUUAUUUUGUGGGCUCCAUGUUGAUAGUGGCAGGGUUAAGGGGGUAACAAAGAAGACAUUACGAGAAAUAAUUGAGAAGUAUAACUUAAAUGUGCGGAUCACGCCAAACCAAAACAUUGUUCUUUGUGACAUCCGUCCCUCUUGGAAACGCCCAAUCACUGUAGCUCUAGCACAAGGUGGUCUGCUGCCCCCUACUUAUGUGGAUCCCCUAAACAUAACUGCAAUGGCAUGCCCUGCUCUGCCUCUGUGCCCUCUUGCCAUAACUGAAGCUGAGCGAGGGAUUCCUGACCUCCUUAAGCUGGUUCGGGCUGUAUUUGAGAAGGUGGGUCUCCCGUAUAACGAAUCCAUAGUAGUAAGAGUUACCGGUUGCCCUAAUGGUUGUGCCCGGCCUUACAUGGCUGAACUCGGAUUAGUUGGUGAUGGUCCUAACAGCUAUCAGAUCUGGCUUGGGGGGACACCGGCUCAAACUUCACUAGCCAGAACUUUCAUGAACAAGGUUAAGAUUCACGACCUCGAGAAGGUGUUCGAACCAUUGUUCUACAGCUGGAGAUUGAAAAGGAAAUCUAGGGAAUCAUUCGGCGACUUCACAAAUCGCAUGGGAUUUGAGAAACUUCAAGAAGUAGUUGACAAGUGGCAAGGGGUACCAAAAUCGUCAUCAAGAUACUACUUGAAACUUUUUACAGACAAGGAAACAUAUGAAGCUGUGGAUGCACUCGCAAGGAUUGAGAAUAAGAGUGCUCACCAACUGGCAAUGGAGGUCAUUCGUAAUUAUGCUGCUUCCCAGCAAAAUGGCAAAAGCCAGUAAGAUCAUGAAUGUCCGUAGCAUCUACUAUUUUUGUUCUACCAUAUUGCCCUUCUCUCGAUAUUCAUGGAAAUGGCCGGAAUAAGAUCAUGUUUUAGUGUGUUUCAAUUUAGCUGUUGAUUCAGAUUUAUAUCGAUGUAUGUCGCUACUGUUGGAACUUUUGUUUUGACAUUUUGUUUUUCUAUCUUCUGAGAGUAGUAUUUGAUUUCGAGUCUGACCCAAAUGAGGAUCUGAGUUCUCAGGUCCAAGGGAAAUGGAUUUGGUUUUGUUUGAAGUAGUCUGAUGUUGUCAUCUGGUGUUUAUAUCAAUAAAUUUCUAGAUGUUAAAAUCC